CACAGCACAGGGGAGAAAUAGCAGCUCUUUACAGCUCCAUUAUCAGCCGGAGCCGGAGACUGGAUCGCUGAAGCCGAGCCCGAGAGACUUGACUGCUCUGUUCUUCACUUGGGACAUCAGAGAGGAGAAGCCGAAAACGCCCAUCACUCCUGGUUGGCUUGGAGAGACGAUGAAGAGAGAUGGGUCAGGCUUGUGGCCACUCCAUCCUAUGCCGGAGCCAGCAGUACCAGCCUGCAACAUCUGAUAUACGGGGGCAGCAGGGUUUUCUGAAGGCUGAAGACUCGCCGUCGUUGGGUUCCGAAGCCCUGCAGGAUGCUUUGCUGACUCUAGGCUCCAUCAUCGACAUUCCUCGCCUACGGGACGCCAUUAGAGAUGCCAUUGCCUCUGUCCUUCCCAAAGUGGACAAUGCCUUCAUCUACCUGCUGGACGCAGAGGGACGCUUGGUCUGUGACGACCCCCCCCAUGAGCUGCCUCCGGAAGGAAAACUCAGGGACGCCGUUCUGCUACAGAAACGGAUAGAAUGCAGCGGCCUGACGCCUUCGGAGCUGUUGGGCCAACAGAUGAGCAGUCUGGCAGCACCGUUACCCCCAGAUAAACAAGUGCUGAUCCUUCCGUUACUGGACCAGGACACGGCGAGAGUGGUGUCUGUUAUACUGUUGCAUUGCAGUCAGCUGAGUGACUCCGAUGAACAGAAUCUCCGAACCUUGGAGAAGCACACCCUGGUGGCAUGCAAGCGGGUACUGGCCAUUCAGAAACUACAGCCGUCGCCGCAAGUCCCGCCCUCACCUCUGUCACCUCGCACCUAUCAGAAUUCAUUGCCUAAACCCUCACCUACCGCCAACGAGAGCUACGAUGAACUGGACCGGAAAAUUCUCCAGCUUUGCGGAGAACUUUACGACCUGGACGCAGCGUCUCUCCAGAUUAAAGUCAUCCACUAUUUGGAACAGCAAACUCAGUCGCCCUGCUGCUGCCUCCUGCUGGUGUCCGAGGACAGUCACCAGUUGUUCUGUCAGGUUGUUGGAGGGAAAGUGCUGGAGGAAGAGAUCAGCUUCCCGCUCACAUUUGGGCAUUUGGGGCAGGUUGUGGACAAAAAGAAAUCCAUCACCCUGCAGGAUAUCAGUUCGGAGGAGCACCGGCAGCUCAAUAACAUGUUGGGGUUCGAGGUUCAUUCCAUGCUGUGCGUCCCUGUCAUUAGUCGUGCCACCUCCCAAGUUGUGGCCCUGGCGUGUGCAUUCAACAAACAAGGAGGAAAGUACACGGAGGUGGAUGAGCACAAGAUCCAGCACUGCUUCUGUUACACCUCCACGGUUCUCACCAGCACAUUGGCCUUCCAGAAAGAACAGAAAUUAAAGUGCGAAUGCCAGGCUCUUCUGCAAGUGGCCAAAAACCUCUUCACGCACUUGGACGAUGUCUCCGUCCUUCUCCAGGAAAUCAUCACAGAGGCCAGAAAUCUCAGCAAUGCAGAAAUAUGCUCGGUGUUCCUGUUGGAGCGGCAGAGCCACGAGCUCGUGGCCAAAGUGUUUGAUGGGGGGGUUGUCGAUGACGAGAGCUACGAGAUAAGAAUCCCAGCGGACCAGGGUAUAGCCGGCCAUGUGGCCACCACCGGCCAGAUCUUGAAUAUUAAGGAUGCCUACUCACAUCCGCUGUUCUACCGGGGGGUGGACGACAGCACAGGAUUCAGGACUCGCAAUAUCUUGUGCUUUCCCAUUAAAAAUGAGAGUAAUGAGGUCAUCGGCGUGGCAGAACUGGUCAAUAAAAUUAAUGGCCCCGGAUUCACUAAGUUUGAUGAGGACUUGGCCACAGCUUUCUCCAUCUACUGUGGAAUCAGCAUCGCUCAUUCGCUGUUAUACAAGCAGGUCCGAGAGGCUCAGUUCCGAAGUCACUUGGCGAAUGAAAUGAUGAUGUAUCACAUGAAGGUCUGUGAGGAUGAAACCAAGAAGCUGCAAAGCAACGGCAUCGUGUCCGUGUGUCAGAUCGACCCCGGCUUCGCCAGCUUCAGCUACACCCCCAGAUCCCUCCCUGAAGACGAUACCGUAAUGUGUGUCAUAAGUAUGUUUGAAGACAUGGGCUUUGUCAACAACUACAAGAUUGAUCGCACAACCCUUAUUAGAUUUUGCCUUAUGGUGAAGAAAGGAUACAGAGACCCCCCCUACCAUAACUGGAUGCACGCGUUCUCUGUCUCGCACUUCUGUUACCUCCUCUUCAAGAACCUGGAACUUGUGAAUUAUUUAGAGUACAUUGAAAUCUUUGCCUUGUUUGUCUCCUGUUUGUGCCACGAUUUGGACCACAGAGGAACGAACAAUUCCUUCCAAGUGGCAUCUAAAUCAGUAUUGGCCGCCUUGUACAGCUCCGAAGGCUCUGUCAUGGAGAGACACCAUUUUGCCCAGGCCAUCGCCAUCUUGAAUUCCCAAGGCUGUAACAUCUUGGAACAGUUUUCCAGAAAGGAUUACCAGAGGAUGCUGGAUCUGAUGAGAGACAUUAUCUUGGCCACCGACCUUGCCCAUCACCUGCGAAUCUUCAAGGAGCUGACAAGGAUGUCACAAGACGGGUUUGACCCCCAAAAUAAACAUCACCACUAUCUUCUGAUCUGCCUCCUAAUGACCUCCAGCGAUCUCUCCGACCAAACCAAGGGCUGGAAGACCACGAGGAAGAUAGCGGAACUGAUCUACAAGGAGUUCUUCUCUCAGGGAGACCUGGAGAAAGCGAUGGGGAACCGGCCGAGUGAGAUGAUGGACAGAGAGAAGGCUUAUAUCCCCGAACUCCAGAUCAGCUUCAUGGAGCACAUCGCCAUGCCCAUAUACAACCUACUCAAGGAUCUCUUCCCGCGCUCGGCCGAGUUGUACGAGAGGGUGGCGACCAACAGGGAAAAGUGGACGCGCGUCUCCCACAAAUUCACCAUUAGGGGGUUGCCUAGCAACAACUCCCUGGACUUCUUGGAUGAGGAGUACGACAUACAGGAGGGGCUACACGAUGAACUGAGGAUGAACGGUUGUGCGGAGACUCAGGGUCACCGGGAACCCGUUAUGGGCGACUAAUGGGUGGGACCAUUUCACCCUACGUUCUCUUACACAACUCUAUGAGGGGCGGCCAAGUGUUCCCAUGCCCCCCCCCCAGUGUGUUACGCAAAGCUGCCGCGGCAUCUGGCCAAUCAGAAUGAUCCAUACUGAAGAAACUCUUCUUGCCUCAAAAAAAAUCGGUUUCACGCACAGAACUUUCAGGGAUGGGACAUUCUCUGGGUUCUGUUAACUGGGGUGGGAUUGGCUGCCCAAGAGGGACCUUGGCGAGUUGCCAGUUUGAGGAGGCAUUUAUGGUUUUUGCUACUACCCCACCCAACACAAUCAUCUACCUUCUUCAGUGUGAUCUACUGGAGCCCCCCCCCCCCCCACCAAAGCACUGACCCCUGAGAAAAUUCUCACGUGGGGAAACUCAACUUUUCUCCCCGUUUGGCCAAUUAACCAAAAAUGUACAGAAUGUUACCGAGCCGAGUGCUCGGCACCUUAGUACUGAUGUCUGGGGGUGGGGGGUUCAAUUUGGGGGUCCUUCAUCUGCUUUUCACUGAUGCCACUCUCCAAUCUUUAGGGGCCCCUGGGUUCUCUCCGGUUUGCCAGUUGGGGAACCAAAGCACACUCUAGUCUCGUAGCAUCUGAUUGGAUACGAGGGGUGGUGGAUCUCUAGAGGGUUUGGGAAGGAGUUUGCCACAUCGACAAAAAGCCAAGAAACUGGUUAAGUGGGCACAGACUCAGGGAUGGCCGACGCACAGCUAAAACUCCCAGCAUCCUCAGAGAGGCCAGUCAGUCCUAUUCUAAUGCCAAUGCGGCAGAUUGGGGGGCAACAGCCUUACCUUGCCCCCCAGCUUAGGUCCAACACUAACACCUGUAGGCGACUUCUUUCGAUUCCCCAGACACUGGGACUUCCUGUUGGGAACUUCCUGGGGGCAGAGCUCAGCUGUUACAGAUACAUGGAUGCUCCUGGGAGGGGCGGUGCAUCGGAUUAUGCCCCACCCCCAGGGUGACCAUAGUUAAACCUAAAUACACAAGGCUGGGUCAGGCUUUUGCCAUAAAGUCAAGGGGCGUCAGUAUUGCCCAAAUAUUCAUGUUUCCCCCCUUAACCGCCAUUUUCCAUUGGGUGGGGCGACCUAAAACCAACCAGCUCCCUCCUACCCCCCAGACUUAUACGUUAAGGCCAAUGAGAAUCCACUAACUGUACAUAUUUUAAUAUUCCACAUUGAUGGAUCCUUGCGAGGUCUCCAGUUUUACCGUAUUAGACGAGACUGGUCGGAAUCUACUGGAACCAGCGCCCCAUAAUGUAUCUUUUUUUUUUACUGGACUAUAAAUGAGAACUGAACCACUGCCUGAGGGACUUCCCAUGGUCCUACAGAGAGGUCCACACCCACCUGGAGAUGAGCGAAUCCUCAACUCUUCAACACAAAGGGGUCUCCAGAUGUCUCAUUGGCUGUGGGAGGGUCUCGGAGCCACAAACACUGUACAAUUGUAUGAAGGGCUACUGCUUCGUUAUGUUCUUGGCUUAAUUAGACAACUGCUUUUGGUUUGA